AAACUGAUUCUACAAACAUUUGUGAAAGAAUGGGUCGUUCUCAAGAGCUCAGUGAAUUCAAGCGUAGUAAUGUGAUAGGUUGCCACCUGUGCAAUAAGUCCAUCUGUGAAAUUUCCUCGCUACUAAAUAUUCUAUGGUCAACUGUUAGUGCUAUUAUAACAAAGUGGAAGCAACUGGGAACAACAGGAACUCAGCCACAAAGUGAGCGGGGUCUGAAGCGCACAGUGCGCAGAAGUCGCCAACUGUCCACAGAGUCAAUAGCCUCCAAACUUUGUGUGUCAAUGCCCAUCAGUGCU